AUGGGUGUGGCUAAGUUAAAAGUGUUCGGAGAUUCCUCACUAAUCAUACUGCAGACUGUGGGAGAAUGGAAGAUCAAGGAUGCCAAGUUACUCCCAUACCACAAGAAUUUAGAAAAUCUGGUGAAAGAGUUCGAGGAAGUUUCGUUUCAAUACUUGCCGAGGUCUCAUAAUCAAUUUGCAAAUGCACCUGUGCCAUUGUCCUCUAUGCUGCAAGUCACUGAUGGGUUGGAGGUUGAACCUCUGAAAAUAGAAGUUUUGCUGAAGCCCGCUUAUUGUAUGAUUGUGACUAAAGAACUUGAUGGAAAACCAUGGUAUUACAAUAUCAAGAAUUGCAUUAAAAAACAGGAAUUUCCCGAAGGAAGCACUCAGGCUGGUAGGAAGUAUAUCAUGAAGAUGGCUUCAAAAUUUUUCGUCAGUGGUGAGAAUUUGUAUAAGAGAUCUUACGAUUCUGUCUUGUUACGAUGUAUAGAUGCAGUUGAAGCCAGUCAAAUCAUGCAAGAAGUGCACGAGGGAUUUGUCAAACGUGACAUAAUUACUCGCUAUGGUGUUCCUGAAGCAAUCAUUACUGAUAAUGGGACCAAUUUGAACAACAAACUUGUUGAUGAGUUGUUCAGAUAG